AUGAAUAUAGCUGUAGAUCAAUGUUUGUCAGUUGCUGCACACCAUUUUGACUCAAAAUUACAAAAACAACUUUUAAAGGCAGCUUCAAUAGGAAUGCGUAGAUGUCAAAGACCUUAUGAUGCUGAUAAAUUUGUUCGUAUUUGUCGUCUUCUUCGUGUUUUAAAUGCUCUUCGACUUAUGGGAAUUCCUUUAACAUUUACUCAAUUAGAAGAACUUUCUCCAGCUUCAAUUGUUGAUCGUUUAGUUGUUUUGGGUCAUUGGCCUAUGGCUGUAAAGCUUUGCGAAUUUUUGGAAAUUAAUUCAAAAGAAGGUGUUUACAAAGUUAUUGCACAUUGGUGUUUGGCUAUGAUGACUACUUUUAAAGAACAAAAUAGGUUUGUACAGGGUGACAUAAAAGAAACUGCACACUUUGUUUUUGGCAUAACUUUAUUCAAAUCAAAGAUAUUGGGCUCAGAUAAAGUUUAUAUGAUAGAGAAAUAA